AUGAAUAUCGUUACAAAGAGCAUAGAGCCUACCCGGAGAACUGAUUUUGAGGCCAUAUUGCCUUCAAUUAAAUUUGACAUCCUCGAAUAUAUCAACCGGCAAAAUUUACCUCGAGAAGUUACCACAAAAUUUGAAAAGUGUUUGCAGUAUAACCUGCAAGGCGGAAAGCUGAAUAGAGGACUCUCGGUCCCAGAUUCUGGCAGCAUUCUCUUAGGACGAGCAAUUGAUGAUCACGAAUUCAAAGCUCUUACUACGUUGGGAUGGCUGACGGAGAUUCUCCAAGCAUUCUUCCUGGUCCACGACGACAUUAUGGAUAACUCCUUCACUCGGCGGGGUCAACCCUGCUGGUUUCGACAGCCAGACACAGGAAUUAUGGCUGUUAACGAUGGUGUUUUGUUAGAGUCAUCCAUCUUUCUCAUCCUCAAGUCUCAGUUCAGCACCCACCCGUCAUAUUUGCGUCUGAUGGAGGUCUUUCAUGAAGCCUCUUUUCAUACACAGCUGGGCCAGCUAUGCGAUAUGAUCACAGCUUCUGAGGACAGGGUAGACUUGGAUAAAUUUUCUAUGGAGAGAUAUGAGUCCAUUGUCCAGUACAAGACCUCUUAUUAUAGCUUUUACCUUCCUGUUGCGUUGUCUUUGUAUUGGCUUGAGCUAGAUACGCCUUUGAAUCUACAGCAAACUCAUCAGAUAAUGAUGAGAAUGGGGCACUACUUCCAGGUACAGGACGACUACCUCGAUGUUUUCGGAAAUAGCAGCCUUACCGGCAAAAUUGGCACAGAUAUCUCGGACAACAAGUGCACUUGGCUCGUCAACAAAGCACUCCUCUUGGCGACAGAAGAGCAACAUCGUCUUUUAUAUGCAAACUAUGGCCAAAAGAACAAGGCCUGCGAGGCUAGAGUUAGAGGGGUUUUUGAUGAGCUUUUUCUUGAGGAAAUAUAUAAGGAAUUUGAAGAUAUGGUUGUUCAGGAGCUUCAGGAUAUGAUCGCAGCUGUUGAUGAGAAAGAAGGUUUAUGUCAACAGCUUUUCACUGUUUUUCUAUCCAAGAUCUGUCAACGAACUAUCUAA